GAGAGUGCCAUGUGACAGGGAGUAUCGUACAGUUGAGCAUUUCAUUUCUUUUGAAAUGAGUGUAUGAAUUGGAAGACUAUAUUAAAGAAUUGACAAUGGCUAGCAUCGAUUAUCAUUUUGAGAAGCAAAAGUUCGGUUUCUUUUUAGACAGACCGUGUAUGUCAACUCAAUUAGAGUCCACUGGUAGCGACUUGAGCGAACGUAGCUUGAAUUCGACGCUAUUCGCCCCGAGAGACAGCGACAAAAUUCGGAACAGACACACCCCAUGGAGAAGAGGUGAUCGACAAUGGUUAGCUUAUCCGACGGUCAGGAAGAAUUUCCAGAGUCGACGGGGAAAGGAAGCUAAACCAGGAAACGGGGACAGAUGGUGUGAAUUAGGGGCCAUGCGGACACGGUGA